GCAGAGAAGUCUGCGAGAGCAUCUCAUCUCAAAGGCCUGUACCCUUCUUUCUGUGUCUGCUGUUAGGAUCCAUGAUUUAAAGGCGUACAAGAAUAUGGAUAUGACCAAGGAGCGCAUCAGUCUGAUCUUUGAGCUGAGUGUAAUGUUCCUGUCCUUCCAGACAGUCUUGAGUUUGCUGUUGACAGUGUCCAGCCUCUCACCGCUCACUCUGAUGUCAGGUCUGAUGCCUAUGGUGUUGUUUGUCAUCAGUUUGGUCUUUUCUGCACUGAUCUGCAUCCCAUGGACUGUAGAUGUUUUAUCCAAGAGUUCUACAAGGUUUACAAGUUCUUCUCCUGCAAGACCGUCUAUACCAUCGGCAAAACAUUUCCAAUAUUUCGGCUUGAGCAUCACUGAAGAGACAUUAUUGUCGAAAUGCGUCAAGCGUUUAAACAACAUUGAUAAUGUUUGUAACUAAAAGCAUGGUAUGAUGGUUGACCUAGUACAUCCAUGUGUGCCUCACACAAAGAUUUCCAAUAUUUUGGCUUGAGCAUCACUGAAGAGACAUUAUUUGUCGAAAUGCGCAUCUGGUGCAUCAAAAUUGAGAAGGCAUACCAUAGACCAGACUGACACGGUGAAAGAUUUAGCACAAGUAAGCAACAGAAUGAAUUGGAGAGACUCGACAUCAUGACUGACGUGUAUCUUAAUGUCCAAACUGUGUUAGCGGGACUAAGUAUAGGCCUUCUGGUGUAUUAUGUCAUCAGACGACUGCGGUAUCGUCUGCCACCUGGACCAUGGUGCAUACCACUUAUUGGACAUUAUAAAGUCUAUAACUCUCUUGAAGUUCACAAAAAACUUGUCGAGCUCUCCAAGAAGUAUGGUCCAAUUGUACGGCUGUAUUUUGGUCCUAAGACAUGGAUUGUUCUGAAUGAUAUAGACGCCGUACUUGAGGCUUUGGUGGAAAAGAAAGCAGAUUUUGCUGGAAGAGCAAAAUUCGAAACGGAUUAUGCGUUUACCGAGGGAGGCAAAGACAUAGUAUUUGGUAAUUAUUCACCAACAUGGAAAUUGCACAGAAAAAUAGCAGGGAAAGCACUUAGACGUUAUUUACAAGGAGAUCUACUUGACAACAUGAUACAGGACAACAUGAAUAAGUUCCUGAAUAAAAUGACAGAGCAGAAAGAUCCAUUUAUCUUCAAAGAUUAUGUGGAUUUAAUGAUUUUUCAUCAACUAUAUACUAUUUGCUUUGGGGAAAAACGGCCUAUUGAUGACCCAGAAGUGAAGAAAUUGCUUGAAUUGGGUGAGGAUUUGAACCGGUGUCUCACAGUUGGAUUACUGGAAGAUGUUGUUCCAUAUCUAAAAGACAUAUACACCACAGCUGGCUGGAGGAGCUUUAGAGAUACGACGGAUCAGAUCUUGAAAAUCCUACGGACUAAAUUCAAACAACACAUGGAUACAUUUGAGCCAGGUGUAAAUAGAGAUUUUAUAGACAGUAUGCUAAUCGCCAGACACGAAGCAGAGAAUGAGGGGGAUGAGGCUGUCCUGGAGAAGUUGGACGAUACACACUUGAUUCAGACUGUUUCAGACAUAUUUUUUGGCGGGGUGAUCACUACUAGAUAUACCAUGGACUGGUUUGUAUAUUUUAUGACCAAGCAUCCCGACAUACAGACCCAAUGCCAGAUGGAAAUUGACAGAGUAGUCGAUUCGGGACGUCCAUCAAUGAAGCACCGUAAAAACCUGGACUUCACAGAGGCUUGCUUGUUUGAAUCUAUGAGGCUCGGGUGUGUUUUUGGAAUCGGUAUACCACACAUGGCCAUCUGUGAUUCACAAAUCGGAGGAUACGACAUUCCUAAGGGUACUACAAUUGUAAUCAACUACUGGGCGCUUCACCAUGACCCGAAGUAUUGGAAAGACUCCGAAAAAUUUGAUCCGUAUCGGUACCUUGAUGAAAAUGGUAAAAUGAAAUCCAUCACACCAAAGAGUUGGCUUCCUUUCUCAGCAGGCCGCCGAGUUUGUUUGGGGGAAACAGUCGCUAAACCGGAACUCCUAUUGAUGUGUGCAAAUCUUCUUCAACGAUUUGAAAUUCGACUCCCAGACGGAAUCAAACCAAACCUAGAGUAUAAAAUGAUGGGAUUUGGUGUAGAAAUUCCUUCCGAAUACAAAAUUGUUGUAAAAGAAAGACUGGAAAUGAAAUAAUAGUCUCUUAAUACAUGUACCUUUAUAAGAAAAUGCAUAUUAAUCAUACUACUGUAUACUAUAUGGAGAUAUUCCUUUAGUAACUUUUAUUCAGUUUUGAUUAAUCCAUAUGAACAUA